CUCUCCAAUUCCAAGCAAUUCUAGAGAGUGCUGAGAAUGAUGAAGGCUUCUAGAGUGGUCAUCGCCUUGUCUUUGUUAACCCUCCUCUUGAUCUCCGACGUGUCUCGAGCCGCUCGGCCGGCCCCGGCUGGAGGCGAUGCGUCGGAAACUCGGCCCGAGGGUGUUGAUGGUGAAGCAGAGAAGGUAGAGGUGGAGCAGUGUGAAGGAGUUGGAGAAGAGGAGUGCUUGAUGAGAAGAACCCUCGAAGCUCACCUUGAUUACAUCUACACUCAGGAGAAAAAACCCUGAUGAACAUGCGUGCGCGCCCGCACCCAUCAUGUUCGGUUGAUUUAUUACCUAUGCUUGUUCAUUAGUUGUACUUUCGUUCGACAUGAUUCUGCAGGAUUUUGUAUGUAAAUGUAAUACAGAUGGCCUAGGCUCUGUCAAAUGUCCCUGCUUUGCUCUUUGCCGUGUGGAACAUUGGUCAGGGUCUGGUGCCGUAGAGAGCUUGUGUUCUUGAUGUAUUAGCUUAGCCUUCCUCAAAUUUUCGCUCAUUCUAUUA